UAAAAAUUUUCAAAUCGGUUAUCUUACAAAUGUUAAAGGAUAACUGUAAAACUGACUUUGCUAGCAAUAGAAUAUAACGCGCACUACCCUGCAUACAACAGCUGUAAGUUUUUACAUCGUUUGGAUAUUUAAAUACAUUUAUUUCAAGCCUGGCAUUUUGCAUGCUUGGACUGCGGGGGUCGCUGUUGAUCAAUUAGGUGAUUUUUUUCGACGCAGAGAUGAUAGCACCUCCCCUAAACACAACUCCAUUUUUAUCACAAAGACGGACUAUCCUCGCCAUACACAAAGAAGAAACCGAUAAUUCGUAAAAUGGAUACAAAUAUAAGCACAUCUAAGACAGAGUAUCGGAUGUACGUGUAAUGUUUCCUCGAGCGCAUCAUUAAGGAAUACCAACAAAGGGGAGCUAAUCGAUUGCAUUAAACGAGCGAACUGCUUUGUUUUGGUAUCAUUUGGAAAAUGCAAGCCGGGACUCGAGUAAAGCAGGUACUGUUACUGAUUUCUGUUGCGUUGCCCUCCUUUCUAGUUACCUCAGAGGUCCGUUAUUCUAUUCCAGAGGAAAUGGUAAGGGGGACGUUUGUAGGUAAUAUUGCAAAAGACUUGGGAUUAGAUAUUCAGAGGCUGAAAACAGGCAGGGCUCGUGUUUAUACUGAAGGUGGUAUUGAAUACACUGAACUAAAUAUUAAUAAGGGAAUUAUAGUUAUUAAAGAACGAAUCGACAGAGAGUAUAUUUGUGGAACUGCAACACCAUGCUCUUUAAAUUUUCAGAUUGUUCUUGAAAAUCCCAUGGAAUUUCACCGGGUUUCUGUUGAUAUUAUAGAUAUUAAUGAUAAUGACCCGACAUUUCAAAGUGAAAGCUUUCAGUUAGAAAUUAUAGAGUCGUCUCUGCCAGGAGUAUUAUUUUCAUUGCCGAGUGCCACAGAUAAAGACGUAGGUAUAAACAGCUUGAAAUCCUACACUCUCACACAUAAUGAUCAUUUUAUAUUAAAGUUAAGCCCAGAAUCUGAUGGGAGCAGUUCUGUGAGUUUAUUAUUAGAAACGCCUUUGGACAGAGAGUCACAAGAAAAACACGUUUUGCUUUUAACAGCUGUUGAUGGGGGUGAACCUCAGCGGUCGGGUUCAAUCGAAAUUCAGAUUACUGUGCUCGAUGCUAACGACAAUGCUCCCAUUUUUACUCAGUCGCUUUAUAAGGCAGCAGUGCUAGAGAACUCACCGGUGGGCUCUGCGCUGAUUAAAGUUAACGCAAAUGACGCAGACAAAGGCUUAUAUGGGAAAAUCAAAUAUUUUUUCUCUCGCAUUUCACAAAAUGCACAAAAUAUAUUUGAACUGAACCCAGAUACUGGAGAAAUUAAACUUAUUGGACAAACAGAUUAUGAAAAUAAUAAAAUGUUUGAAAUGACGGUACAGGCCAAAGAUUAUGGUGGCCAUGUUAGUUCCAGUAAAGUGAUAAUUGAAGUAAUUGAUGUUAAUGACAAUGCACCAAUUAUAAAUGUCAUGUCACUCACGAGUCAAAUCUCUGAAGACUCGUUACCUGGGACCGUGGUGGCAAUGAUUAAUGUUCAAGAUAAAGACUCAGACAAAAAUGGUAAAGUCACUUGCUUUAUAGAUAGUAACAUUCCCUUUAAACUAAAAUCUUCCUUAGAUAAUUUCUACAGUUUAGAAACUGAUGCAUUUCUAGACCGGGAAAAAAUAUCGUAUUAUAAUAUUACUAUUAUUGCCAGAGACGAAGGUGAGCCGUCACUGUCUGUUACUCAUAUAAUUACUUUACAGAUAAACGAUGUCAAUGACAAUCCUCCGACAUUCGAACAGCCGCAUUACAAAACUUACAUUAUGGAAAACAAUUCUCCGGGGUCUUCUAUUUUUUCCGUGAAAGCCAAAGAUGUCGAUUCGGGACUCAACAGUAGAAUAUCUUAUUUUAUUCAAGAUACCACUGUUUAUAACAUUUCGAUAUCCUCAUUCGUUUCUAUUAAUUCUGAUGAAGGUGUUCUUUAUGCUGUACGUUCAUUUGAUUAUGAGCAAUUGAGUCAUUUUCAGGUGUGUGUUACAGCUAAGGAUGGGGGAUCUCCAGCUCUCAGUACCAGUGUCAUUAUAGAUGUAUUUGUUCAAGACCAGAAUGACAAUGCCCCGGAGAUUUUAUACCCAGUUUUGAAUAAGGGCUUAUCACUUGCCGAAUUCAUACCUCGCUCUGCGGGAGCUGGACAUCUCGUUACUAAAAUUGUCGCUGUAGACAAGGACUCUUGGCAAAAUGCUUGGCUUUCUUAUAAAAUCGUCAAAUCGAUUGACCAGACAUUUCUUGAAAUCGGGUUACACAACGGUGAAUUGAGAACCCUUAGACAAGUUAUGGAUAAAGACUCUACAAAACAAAGAAUAACUAUUUUAGUGGAAGACAGUGGACAACCUUCUCACUCAGCUACAGUUAUUAUUAACGUUGCUAUUACUGAGAACUUUGCAAGGGCGUUUUCAGAAUUCAACGAUCUCUCGCAGGAUAAGUAUGCUGGUGGAGACCUCACAUUUUACUUGGUGCUCUCUUUGGCGAUAGUCUCCUUUAUGUUCGUUAUUUUCAUUGUUGUUCUGAUUUCUUUGAAAUUCCACAAAUGGAGACGCUCGAAACUUUUCAAUGAAUGUUCAAAUGGGGCUCUCCCCGUUAUUCCGUAUUAUCCUCCUCGUUAUGCAGAAGUUGGAGCCACCGGGACACUUUGCCAUGUCUAUAACUAUGAAGUCUGCCUCACAACGGAUUCUGGAAACAGUGAAUGUAAAUAUGUACAACCGUUGAUGCAGAAUACUGUUGAUCCUAAUUCAGCAGAACAAAACAGUGACAUCUUCAAGAGUGAUUUAACUACAGAACACGACACUCUUAAGGUAUGAUUUAUAACAACUGAAUCUCUGCACAAUACUUUUCUCCAAAAUUCCAUACACUGCUUAUCCAGGCAUCAUACUGUA